CAUCCAACUGGUGUGUCAGAAAAAGAUGCCAUCUCAAUGUUGCUUUAUGUUUAUUUUCCACUGACCCUAUGGGUGAAGACGUCCUUGUCUAACACUCCGUCUGAACGCUUUCCAGCUCAUCCAGUAUGUCACCAGGUUAACAGAUAUGGAGGUUUCUAUGAGGAUUUGGAGAAGAGUCCCAAUGACUGCUAAAAUUCUGGACUAGAUUUGUUAGGAAAGUGGCAUUUAAAGAAAGACACCAAUCAAACCACACCAGUCUUGUAAACACACUGGAGAAGAGUUUUCCAAGCAGAGGGAAUAGCAAGUUCAAAGACCCUGAGAUAGAUGGACUAUAAGGCAAUUGCCCAACAAACUGCUCAAGAAGUUUUAAGUUACAAUCAAGAUACAUCCGGCUGGAAAGUGGUUAAAAUUUCAAAAAAGAUAACUGUUUCCAGUAAGGCAUCUAGAAAAUUCCUCGGAAAUCUAUAUCGUGUUGAAGGGAUAAUUCCAGAAUCAACAUUUAAACUAUCUGAUUUCCUCUACCAACCUGGAAACAGGGUUGCAUGGGAUAAAGCAUUGAAAGUAUACAAUAUGAUACACAGGAUUGAUUCGGACACAUUUAUAUGUCAUACCAUAACACAAAGUUUUGCCAUGGGCUCCAUUUCCCCCCGAGACUUUAUCGACUUAGUAUACAUCAAGCGCUGCGAAGGGAACAUGAACAUUAUCAGUUCUAAAAGUGUGGAUUUCCCAGAAUAUCCUCCAUCUUCAAAUUAUGUCCGAGGUUAUAACCAUCCUUGUGGCUAUGUAUGUUCACCUCUGAAAGAAAACCCAGCAUAUUCUAAACUAGUGAUGUUUGUUCAAACCGAAAUGAGAGGAAAACUGUCACCAUCAAUAAUUGAAAAGACCAUGCCUUCUAACUUGGUAAGCUUCGUCCUCAAUGCAAAAGAUGGAAUAAAGUCACACAAAGCCCCAUCAGGACGUGGACAUCAUAAUAGUCAUUCAUCAUUCCAAAAGAAGAAAUAAGGCCUUUCUGCUAUUAAAUCAGAGAUUUAAGACCAUACAAACUGUUAGUAAGUAUGGUGAAGGAAAGAACAUUGGAAUAGGUAAAAAUACACUAUCCUCCUAAGUGUAUUAAAUCGUAUUUGAUGUUGACAAAAGAUCAAAGGCAAUUCAAUGGAGUACAGGUAGCCUUUCAGCAAAUGGCAUUAGAGUACCUCAUAUCCUGCGGCUUUGACAUGUCCUUACACCAUACAUAAUAAUUAACUCAAAACAGAACAUGUAAAUGCAAAGCAUAACACCAUAAAACCUUUAGGAAAAAAUCUUCAUAACCUACAUCUAAGCAGAGUUCUUUAACAUGAACCAAAAAGCAGGAUUCAUAAAAGGAAAAUUUUAUCAUAAAAUUUAAAAUGUAUACUAUGUGAAAGAUACUGUACACAGAGGAUGAAAAGACAAGUGUAGACUGAAAGUAUCUGCAAGGAUGUGUAUCCAAAACAUGAUGUAUUUAGAUAACGAGAGAGAGCUUUAAAACUCAACAUUUUAAUUAACAAUCCAACUAGAAAACAGACCCAACGCCAUGGACAUUUCACUGAGCAGGAUAUGUAGAUGGAAAAUGAGCUCAUGAAAAGAUGUUCAACAUCAUUGACCACUGAAUACAAAUAACAGUCAAAACGAGAUGUCAAAACAAUUAUCAGAAUGGCUAAGACUUUUAAAAAUAGUGAUAACAAGUGUUGACAAGGAUGUUAAAAAACUGGAUCAGUCAUAUAUUGCAGGUAGGAAUGAGAAAAGACACUGCCACUCUGGAAAAGUUUAGCAGUGUCUCAUGUAACUAAACAUGUGCCUAGUUAUUGCACUCUUUCCCACAGAAGUGAAAAUGUUCACACAAAAACCUGAGCACAAAUGUUCAUGGUAGCUUUAUUCUAAACAACCCUAAUCUGGAACCAACCCACAAUUCAUUUAAUAGGUGAAUAAACUGUAGUAAUCUAUACAUGAAAUACUAAUGAACAAAAAGAACAAACUAUUGAUACAACUCUAAUGGUCUCAAGGGAAUUAUACUGAAUGAAAAAAAUGCCAAUCUCAGAAGGUUAAAUAGUAUAUUCUUGCAUGAAUACAACAUUCCCAAAAUGACAAAAUGAUAACUAGAAAUGAAGAACCAAAUUAGUAGUCAUUGGGGUUGGAAGAGGGCCAGAAAGAAAGUAGUUAUGGCUUUGAAAGGGCAGCAGGAAGGAUCUUUGUGGUAAACCUGGUCUGUGCCUUGACUGUGGUGGUGAUCACACGAAUCUACACAUGCAAUAAAAUUAUACACACACAGAGAUUCAUGCAUGUAAAACGCAAUCUGAAUAAAAGUGGUAUCAUUAUCAGUU